AUGCACUCGGAGCAUGAGAGUACGGAGCAUGAGAGUACGGAGCAUGAGAGUGCGGAGCAUGGUAGUGCGGAGCAUGAGAGUGCGGAGCAUGAGAGUGCGGAGCAUGAGAGUAUGGAGCAUGAGAGUGCGGAGCAUGAGAGUAUGGAGCAUGAGAGUGCGAAGCAUGAGAGUGCGGAGAAUGAGAGUGCGGAGCAUGAGAGUGCUGAGCAUGAGAGUGCGGAGCAUGAGAGUAUGGAGCAUGAGAGUGCGAAGCAUGAGAGUGCGGAGAAUGAGAGUGCGGAGCAUGAGAGUGCGGAGCAUGGUAGUGCGGAGCAUGAGAGUACGGAGCAUGAGAGUGCGGAGCAUGAGAGUACGGAGCAUGAGAGUGCGGAGCAUGGUAGUGCGGAGCAUGAGAGUGCGGAGCAUGAGAGUGCGGAGAAUGAGAGUACGGAGCAUGAGAGUGCGGAGCAUGAGAGUGCGGAGCAUGAGAGUGCAGAGCAUGGUAGUGCGGAGCAUGAGAGUGCGGAGCAUGGUAGUGUGGAGCAUGAGAGUACGGAGCAUGAGAGUGCGGAGCAUGAGAGUGCGGAGCAUGAGAGUGCGGAGCAUGGUAGUGCGGAGCAUGGUAGUGCGGAGCAUGAGAGUGCAGAGCAUGAGAGUACGGAGCAUGAGAGUACGGAACAUGAGAGUGCGGAGCAUGAGAGUGCGGAGCAUGAGAGUGCGGAGCAUGAGAGUGCGGAGCAUGGUAGUGCGGAGCAUGAGAGUGCGGAGCAUGAGAGUGCGGAGCAUGGUAGUGCGGAGCAUGGUAGUGCGGAGCAUGAGAGUGCGGAGCAUGGUAGUGCGGAGCAUGGUAGUGCGGAGCAUGGUUAA